AUGGGCAUGAUUGUCCAAGGAAAAGCAGAGUCUCUGGAGCAGAAGGGAGGACCGGGUAGGCUGCAGGCAGAAGGGACGCUGACAGAAAGCCCACGAAGAAUUCAUCAGCCAGCCAUCAAAAUAAGACAUCUUGAGCCCUGGAAAAUUGCUUUAAUUGUUAUUGGAACAGCAGUGGCAGCAGUUAUCACCAUUGGUCUCCUAGUUUAUUUUCUGGCAUAUGAUCAGAAGCUGUUCUAUUACAGCAGCAACAUAAAAAUCACCAACAUCCGAUACAAUAAUGAAUUGUCCAGGCAGUCCUCAGGAAGGUUUAGAGACCUGAGCGAGAGGGUUGAGAGACUGAUCGACAAGACAUUUUACAAUUCCAUUUUAAGGAAAAAAUACAUCCGUUCACGCUUAAUCAGAGUGAGCCCAGAUGCUGAUGGUGUGAUGGCAGAGGCUUUGCUCACAUUCUGGUUCUCCUCCACGGAUUCUAGAGAAGCGUUGCGAGAAAGAGUUGAAAGGAUCUUACGGAGGGGCCUGAAAAAAUACACAGGGCCUCUGCGAAUAGAUGUCAGAUCUUCUACCAUCUCAAGACUGAGCGAUAGUUCCCCAUGCGGAUCCCUCCUCAUGCUGCAGGACAGCCAGAUGGAGUAUGCUGUGAGGUGUGGACCUCUGUCUGUCCUCGUGGACAGAAUUAAGAUGUGGUUGAUGUGCAAACAACUAGGGCAACUAGUAAAUGAGCAGGGCAGCGAAAUCGUCUCUCGUGCCUUACAAGUGAUUGCUUCAAGGCAGGGCUUGCAACACGUUGGCUGGCACGAUGCCAACAGCUAUGCUGUUGACCAGGCCACAGAUGUCAAGGUAGUCACGAGUGAAGGCAAGCCCCUAACGAGGCGAGCCAAUGUGGAGGCGAAAAGAGCAGAAGCCCUCUUCAAUGACAUCUGUGGGUUACGGCAGAAUAGAUCAGUCAAGUCAAUGGCAAAAUCAUCAUCACUGCGGAUAGUCGGUGGAUUGUCUUCUGCAGAGACCGGGGACUGGCCGUGGCAAGCUAGUUUGCAGUACAAUAACAUCCAUCGCUGUGGUGCAACACUCAUCAGCAAUACGUGGCUUGUAUCUGCAGCUCACUGCUUCAGAGACAUGAGUCACCCUCAGAAGUGGACUGCUACUUUUGGAGCUCUUUUGAAGCCACCAAGCUUGAAACGAUCCGUCAAGACUAUUAUUAUCCAUGAAAAGUACCGCUACCCAGAACACGACUACGACAUCGCACUCGUGCAACUCUCUAAACGAGUUGAGUUCACGAGCAGCAUACACCGCGUCUGUCUGCCUGAGCCAUCUCAGACUUUUUCGUACAAUAUUUACGCUGUCAUCACAGGCUGGGGAGCACUUACCAACGAUGGUCCAACUCCAAAUGCUCUUCAGGAAGCAACGGUGAAACUUAUCGACUCAAACACUUGCAACAGAAAAGAAGUGUAUGAUGGGGACAUAACACCCAGGAUGUUGUGUGCUGGAUACUUGGAAGGAGGAGUAGAUGCUUGUCAGGGGGACUCGGGGGGACCACUGGUUACUCCAGACUCCAGACUGAUGUGGUACCUCGUGGGAAUAGUGAGCUGGGGAGAUGAAUGUGCCAAACCAAAUAAACCUGGAGUUUACACACGAGUGACUUAUUUCCGUGACUGGAUUACCUCAAAAACUGGCAUCUAA